UUAUGGUUUAGGAGUCAACAUGUCCGCGUCCAUGGUGCGAGCGACCGUCCGAGCGGUCAGCAAAAGAAAGAUCCUGCCAACUAGAGCUGCUCUGACUCUGACUCCUGCAGCUGUGAACAAGAUCAGGUUGUUGUUGCAGAACAAACCGGAAUAUAUUGGUUUAAAAGUGGGAGUGAGAACACGUGGUUGCAAUGGUCUCACCUACACUCUUGAAUACACCAAGGACAAGGAGAAAUCUGACGAGGAGGUACUCCAGGACGGUGUUCGGGUUUUUAUAGAAAAAAAGGCUCAGUUGACACUUCUGGGAACUGAGAUGGAUUUUGUGGAAACUAAGCUCUCUAGUGAAUUUGUCUUCAACAAUCCAAACAUAAAGGGCACAUGUGGCUGUGGAGAGAGCUUUAACAUAUGAUCGCAGUCAGUAUUUCCUGCCCAAGCCCUUUCCUUCCAUGCUUGUCACAUUUAAAGACUGCUGACUGCUGUGAGGAAAUUUAUAAGACUUGGAUGUGCCUAAGUUUCUGCUACUGUUUCUCAGAUGCAGCAAUGUCAAGAUUUUUUAACCACUCAGAUGCAAACCUCUCUUUUUUUUUGACAUUUUUUAAAUUCCUGGAUUUGCAAAAUCUUCAAUGGACCACAGCUGUCUCAUACUAGGAGGCUAUAUUAUAUCCAUUUACACAUAUACAAGUUAUACAGACAUUAAAAAAUGGUGUCACAGAGGAUUCAAUACAUUUUUAUUAAAACUCACAGAAAAACAUCAAACCUUUUGCCAACAGUAUGCAGACAUAGGUUUCUUGGAUUUGCUUUACCAGUGUGUAUAGUCUAGAAAUGAUAUGAGUAUUUAUUUAUCAAUAGAUGUAAAUAUUUAACGUUGAACCACACAUUGAACGCACAAAAUCACGCACAAAAACAUGUAAGCCUCUUGCAGAGAACAGUUUUUUUUUUUUUGCUUUUCUCAACAUUGCAUUUGUAUGGUAUUUAAUGUGUACUGGGGUUCACCAACUGUGCAAUAUGCCUGUAUACAUAUAAAUGAGCCUACUAAUAAAUAACAAUGUUGGGUUA